CUCGAGCGCAUGUAGGAGCGCUAUUUCCUCUCAUUGUCGAGCGGUCUUGAGCAGGAAGUCGGAAAAGAAAGCAGAAACUGAGGGGGCAGGGCCAUUUAAAAAUACCUGCUACCCUAUAAUAACGGGACCACAGACAGCAGCCCUACGGGACAGUGCUGUAGAGACUUGCAGCACAAAAUGCAGCACAGAGGAGAAACCAAGCUUGACGCAAACGCUACAUUUAUCAGGCCGUUGCCCUGGAGUAAUUAAACAGCGCGGUUGGGGGACAUCUGCCUGUCACCGCGUAUUAUUCCGAAACAACAUAGGCUAGGAUGAGGAUUAAAUGCGUGGAGACAGAAAUCGAAUGCAACGAAGCUACGUCGAUGCACUUGGGAUUUAGCGUAGCCUAAUGUGUGCGAUAGGUUGUUGAUCUUCAGUGCACUAAGAAGGCAGCAAAGCAGGUGCAUCUCGUUUUUCUCUGAAGGCAGUUCAUUUAAGCAGGACGUUGAUGGUCUUUCAGCACCGUAGACGGCGAGUGUGGGACAUAUUUGGCUGGAAGUGCGCAUAUCAAAUGUAAUAGUGAAUUAUUCCUCAACAAUAUUUAAUAUGGCAUCCACAAUUGAACGGAAAACACUGGAAAUGAACGAGGAACCCGUGGACGAGGUGCUUCAGGUGCCGCCGUCGCUGCUGACCUGUGGCGGCUGUCAGCAGAGCAUCGGGGACCGGUUCUUCCUCAAGGCCAUAGAGCAGUACUGGCACGAGGACUGCCUGAGCUGUGACCUCUGCGGCUGCCGCUUAGGGGAGGUGGGCCGCAGGCUUUACUUCAAACUUGGCAGGAAGCUGUGCAGGAGAGACUACCUCAGACUGUUUGGUCAGGACGGGCUCUGCGCUUCCUGUGAAAAGAGAAUCCGGGCCUUUGAAAUGACCAUGCGUGUCCGUGACAAAGUCUAUCACCUCGAAUGCUUCAAAUGCGCUGCCUGUCAGAAACACUUCUGCGUUGGAGAUCGCUACCUGCUCAUCAAUUCGGACAUUGUGUGUGAGCAGGACAUCUUUGAGUGGACCAAAAUGAAUGGCAGCAUGGUAUAGUGUUCUGCUAAAGUCAUAAGGAAAACGUAACAUCCUGUCAACAUUUGCAACAAACCCUUUACUAAAAAAGAAUAAUGAUCAUUCUGGCUCCAGGAGCCAUGCCAUGGACAUGUUAUACAUUUUCAUCUCAUAUAUUUGAGACAAAUUGCCACCAGCAACAUACACUUGUUUUUCUAUUGGUGUAUUUUUAAUAACAGCGUAAAUGCAGUUUGUAAUGUAUUGCAAUAAAAGCAGAUUCCCUUUGCUACUCUCACAGAAAGUUAGAUUCAGACUAUAGUGUUAAUAGUUUUGAAGUAACACAAUUGCCAUAAAAUGUGAAAACAUAUUUCUUAGAGCCUGAAUAAAGAAAAUUACUUGUACACUCUGUCCCCCCCCAAGCAAACAGAUGUGAUGCAGAAUUGAGCUACUGAUUCUUCCUCACAGAAGAGAGACUCGCUUACCAAUAACAACAUAUUAAAAGACAGAAAUAAAUUACUUAUAAUAAAU